CUAGGCUGUUCCCAUUUCCCUAGGUUUUUAUCUUCCCAUCAUUUUGGCUCUUGUCACGUAUUUGUUCAUGCUUUCAUGCCUUUUCCCACUUCACAUGGUUUGUACAGCAGGGGCUGCUUGGGCAUGGUACCUUUGUAUUACUUAGUCGAUUGAUUAAUUUAUUUGCGUGUUAACUUGUUCUCCAAUGUUGCUGCUGUCACCUUUAGACAAAAUGCUUGCUGAAUGCCGCACUCGAGAAAAGCACUCACAUGAAUACCUUAUUGUUCCAAUUUCACUUGAAUUUGAGAUUGAUAAGAAUAGUUCCAUGCUCAAGAUAUGCACACUUGCACACAUUUUUGUAUAAUAUUUGCCGCUAUUCUUUGAACAAUUUCGUGGUUCCUUGCUGGUGUCCUAAUUUCUGUGUGCGUUUUAUUGCCGAUUGCCCCAUCUCGUCAGGUGUACAUUAUCAGCAAACAAUGCUUCGGGGGACACAUCUGUUUCGGAGCUGUUUGAAUGGAUCACCUUUUGAUUCCACAGUAUUGUCCCGUCUUUCAUAUUCUGCUGGCUCUCAUGCCACCCAGGAGCAAUACAUGUUGAAGGACUCUUGUAUCUUGGUUGACCACCUCGAUAAACCACUGGGAUACGCAUCGAAGAAGUUUUGUCACGUGCGACGUGCGGACACUACACCUCUACAUCGUGCCUUCAGUUUAUUUUUGUUUAAGCAACUUGCAAGCGAUCCAGACUCUGUACAGCUGCUUAUUCAGCGCCGUUCGCCUUUCAAAUUAACAUUUCCGGGUUUGUGGUCAAACACUUGCUGCAGCCAUCCACUCACUAAUUUUCCUGACGAAAUGAUAGAAGAAAAUGCUAGGGGAGUGCGAUUAGCUGCUCAGCGUAAGAUAAAGAGCGAGCUUGGGAUAGAUGGUACUCGUUACUUACCGUUAGAAAAUAUUCAUUACCUAACACGCUUCAUUUAUUUCGCUCGUGAUGACUCACCCAGUGAUGUCAGUUGGGCCGAACACGAGGUUGACUACAUUCUCGUCAGCUUCCUAGAUCCCGCAGUUGCUGUUGAGGCUAGUUCCGGAUUUGUCCAAGCGAAUCCUGAAGAAGUCAGUGAUGUACGCUGGACUUCGCAGAUUGAAUUAGAACGGUGUCUGGAGUCGUGCGAACUCGAUGGUCAUCGUUUUACCCCUUGGUUUCGUGGGCUUGCUUCUGCGGGUUAUUUGUCUCUUAUUUGGCGUUGGGCCAGGGUCUACCGAUCCGGCGGACCGGCUUUUAUUUCGGAGGAUUCUUUGUGGAAGCGAGAUGUGAUUAUUCCCCUGGGUCAUCUCAGCUAGCACUACUUUUUCUCUGUUUCUCCCAUGGUGUACCAUUUCAAUACAGGCAUACAACCAA